AUGCACUACCUUGUGGUCCUAACCGUGGUAUGGACGCUGGUCGUUCAUACCAUUGCCAAAAGCGUGGAUCAGAGUAAACUCUUGUCAUUUUCCGAAAAGCCACGCGUGUUUAUUUUGUCGGAUAUCUCAAAUGAGCCAGACGACCAGGAGUCGUUGACACGAUAUCUACUUUACUCAAACCAAUUCCAGACCGAGGGAAUUGUCGCAGUAACAUCGACUUGGUUACAAGAUGAAACCCACCCAGAAGAUAUGCUAUCUGUCAUCAAUGCAUAUGGAAAUGUUACAGAAAAUCUAAACCGACACGCCCCUCUAGACGCUCCGUAUCCGUCUGGCGAUCAUAUUCGCGGUCUUUUACGCACUGGACCUGCAACGUAUGGUAUGAAAGCCGUCGGCAAAAACAUGACCUUGAGCUCGGGUAGCAAGCUAUUACUCGAGCGGCUCCGAAGCCAAUCCGACCAGCCAUUGUGGGUUCUCGCUUGGGGAGGAACCAAUGUUCUUGCACAGGUGCUUUAUAAAAUGGAUCAAGUAUACUCGCCAACCGAGACUGCAGCUCUUCGAUCCAAGCUUCGCGUCUACGCUAUUUCCGAUCAAGAUGAUACCGGUGCCUGGAUUCGCCAGCAAUAUCCUGAUGUUUUCUACAUUGCUUCCACCCAUGGCUGGAAUCAGUAUGGUCUUGCUGCCUGGGUUGGCAUUUCUGGAGAAAAGUACUAUGGUGUGGAUGAGGGCGGUCCCGAUUUCUCGAAGGUCACACAUCAAUGGUUGCGCAAAAACAUUCAGAUCGGAGCCUAUGGCGAAACCGCCUAUCCGAAUUAUAAGUAUAUUAUGGAAGGCGACACUCCGACAUUUUUGUAUCUCAUUCAAAAUGGCCUUGGUAACGCUGAGAAUCCAGAUUAUGGCUCGUGGGGUGGCCGAUAUAUGAAGGUCAAUCCGUCAACGGUUCUCAAUUUCAAUCACUAUGCAGAUGCCGCGGACCGUGUGAUUGGCAUGAAUAAUGAGACUUACAUCUCAAGUCAUGCGACGAUCUGGAGGUGGAGAGAUGCUUUCCAAAAUGACUUCGCGGCACGUAUUCAGUGGUCCCUCCCUGAAAACGACAGCAAGGCGAACCAUCAUCCAGUUAUUACAAUCAAUGGGAGCAGUGGAUUGGUCCCGGUGAACCUGACUGUUGCUGCUGGAUCUACUGUGAUAUUCAACGCUACUGAAACUCAAGAUCCCGACGGAGAUGAUCUCUCCUUCCGCUGGUUUCAGUAUAAGGAGCCCGGUACUAAUGAUUGGAAUGUUGCUGACAAGGUUCCUCAAUUGAAUGUGACUACUUCGAAGAGUGGGAAACUUGCACAUGUGCACAUCCCGGCCGUGCAGGAAAGCUGCAAUGGAGAGGGAUUUAAUCCUUCAGGAUGCUGGCUACUUCAUCUGAUUCUAGAAGUGAAAGAUAAUGGGGUGCAUCCAUUGACAAGUUAUCGAAGGGUGCUCUUGCAGACAACGAAUGCUACGCAGACAUCGAUUUAA